GGAAGAGGAGGAGGGGAGAGCGGGGAGGGACUGCCGAGGUGCCGCCUGCUGACAGCGGCGUGAGCGAUGCGAGUAAAGGGCUGAGGAGGACAGAGGAGAGGAGCGCAGCCAGCAGAAAACAUCUUGUUCCAGCGGCGAGAACCAGAGAGAACCAGAGCGCGGAGAGCCAUGUCGGUCUUAGCUCUGCAAGAAUAUGAGUUUGAGAGGCAGUUCAACGAGGAGGAAGCCAUCCGCUGGAUGCAGGAGAACUGGAAGAAGUCGUUCCUGUUCUCGGCGCUCUACGCUGCCUGCAUCCUGGGUGGCCGCCAUGUCAUGAAGCAAAGGGAGAAGUUUGAGCUGAGGAAACCGCUGGUGCUUUGGUCUCUCACGCUUGCCGUGUUCAGUAUCUUCGGCGCCAUCCGCACCGGGAGCUACAUGACGUUCAUCCUGAUGACCAAAGGGCUGAAACAGUCGGUCUGUGACCAGAGUUUCUACAACGGCCCAGUCAGCAAGUUCUGGGCUUACGCCUUCGUGCUCAGCAAAGCACCUGAACUGGGCGACACGCUCUUCAUCGUGCUGAGGAAACAGAAGCUCAUCUUCCUCCACUGGUACCACCACAUCACCGUGCUGCUCUACUCCUGGUACUCCUACAAGGACAUGGUGGCAGGCGGCGGGUGGUUCAUGACCAUGAACUACCUGGUCCACGCCGUCAUGUACUCCUACUACGCCCUGCGAGCCGCCGGCUUCAAGCUGUCGCGCAACUUCGCCAUGUUCAUCACGCUGACCCAGAUCACCCAGAUGCUGAUGGGCUGCCUGGUCAACUACCUGGUGUACUCGUGGAUGCAGCAGGGCCAGGAGUGUCCAUCCCACAUGCAGAACAUUGUGUGGUCCUCGCUGAUGUACCUCAGCUACUUCGUGCUCUUUGUCCAGUUCUUUUUUGAGGCCUACGUUGGCAAGUCCAAGUCAUCGGCCAAGACCGACGUUAAGAAGAGCGAGUAGAGGAAAUGCCAACAGUAUGGGAUGCAGGGAGAUGAUUUAUUAAAAGGGAUUUGGAAAUGAAGAGCAGGGACCAGUGACAUGAGGGAGGAUUGGGCUGGGAUGAGAGAAAUGCGUCAUGGAGUCUGGGGACACGGGGGGCUAUGGAUGGGGGUGGGCGGGCUGUGUGUGCGUGAGGUUUACUACUUAAUGUGAAGACCCAAAACAAGAGGUGAUGUCUCCCUUGAAGGAUACCAAGGAAGUAGCUCCACCAUGACCAAAAUCCAUCAGGAGUCAUUCACCUGAACUCUACAACGUACCCUUAUCAAUUCACACUUUUAAACUCCUGAAAUAUAACAAAAAACGAGUUCAGUCUAAAACUUUUACAACAAUAAAACCAUCAGAGUAAUCGCUUACUUCUCCCAGAGGCUAUUUUAUUUAUUACUGACAAAAAACCCCCACAAAAAAACAAGGUACACCUAAAGAUUAGAUGGCGUCUGCUUUAAUGCGAGCCGUCUGAGUUUCUGUCCGUUUGUUGUCUGUGUUUGUUGUUUGGCUUUAAUCCGAGGACGAAAAACGUCUGAGACACCGGUGAGCAAAUGAAGCUGAAGUUCUAGCAGUUGAUGUGAAGCGAUGUGGCGGCGGUGGAGGUGGGGUGGGGGGGGGUGACUUUCUCAGGCGAACGCGUUGUUAAAUAACAUGCAUAUCAAGAUAAAGUAGAAAUGUUUAACAUCUGCUCCUGUUUACAGCGUGGCUGGUUUCCUUCCACAACAGUCGCUAAUGACAAAACAAUCAAAGCGGGAAUGACAGAAUGAAGCGGGGCUUACGGACUGAAGCUGACGCCUGGCUGGGUUGGGAAAGAGAAGCUGACCGGGUCCUGCUUCACCUCCUGUCUUGACUUUGCAGAUGUUUGGGAAUGCACUGAUUUCCAGACCCUUCUCUGUAUUACAGGGUCUUUACCGGUGAGGAACACCAGUCUGUUGGACACUGAAACCGUAGAUGGAGUACAAACAUAUUUAUGUUUAGCAAAAAAAUUAUAAAAAAAAAAUGAAGAAAAAUAAACAUGCAAAUUGUCAAAAAUCUGCUGUAUUGAUAAACAAGUAUGUAUACUUAAUUGUGUCUGUUGUGCUAUUGUGCAUUUGCACUAUAUCAAUGUCAGAAAACAGUUGUUGCUGAAAAACCCCAAUGUAUGAACAGAGUGAAAAAUGUGACACGCUUGUGGUGUUUUCUUUUGUCUGUGCCAUCAUGGCGUCACACGUACAUAACCCGUUUCUUGGUGCUGAAAGUAAAACAAACGAUGAGUUUAAA